UGGAUCCCUGAGUUCAAACUGACCAACUCAAACUGUUCACUUACUAAAAUCUGCAACAUGUCAAAGAUGGGUGAAAUCGAUGAAGGAUUCUACUCUCGACAGCUGUAUGUUUUGGGUCAUGCCGCGAUGCACCGGAUGGGAACUGCCAACGUCCUCAUUGCGGGCAUGGGUGGUCUUGGAGUAGAAAUCGCCAAAAAUGUGAUCCUGUCCGGAGUGAAGUCUGUCACUGUGCAGGAUGAACGCCAGACAAAGUGGACUGACCUGUCAUCCCAGUUUUUCCUAAAUGAGUCCCAUCUUGGUCAGAACCGAGCCACAUGUUCCCUACAACAGCUGUCUGCCUUAAACCCGCAUGUGUGUGUGUCUUCCCACACGGGACCGCUGGACAAGGACCUGCUUGGACAAUUUCAGGUGGUGGUCCUCACUGAUUCCUCACUGGAUGAUCAGAAGCGUUUUGGUGAGUUCUGCCAUAAAGGAGGAAUCAGGUUUAUUGUAGCAGACACCAAAGGACUGUGUGGUCAGCUGUUUUGCGACUUUGGGGAUGAGUUUGAGGUCUUGGACACUGAUGGUGAGACGCCUGCAUCGGCAAUGAUUCAAAGUAUCACUAAGGGGAAUCCUGGAAUUUUGAUCUGCGCAGAUGACAGGAAGCACGGAUUUUCCGAUGGCUGUCAUGUCUCCUUCUCUGAAGUCCAAGGCAUGACAGAGCUCAACAACAUCACCCCUGUGGAGAUCAAAGUCCGCGGUCAGCACUCUUUCAGCAUUGGUGACACCUCAAACUUCUCUGACUAUGAACGGGGUGGCAUAGUGACUGAGGUUAAACAACCCUCAAUGUUUAGUUUUAAACCAAUCAGUGAGGCUUUAUUGGACUAUGACCUGCUGAAAAUGAACGAUUUUGGAAAAAUAGCAAGGCAUAAGACCCUGCACUUGGCUUUUCAAGCUCUACAUAGCUUUAUGAAGAAAGAGCAGCGACUCCCUCGUCCUCGGUGUCAGUCAGAUGCAGAUGCCCUGCUUGACACAGUGAGAGAGCUGAAUACAGUCUCACAGCUUGAACAGCUGGAUGAGGCUGCGGUGCGACUUCUGUCCUACACAGCUCAGGGUGACUUGGCUCCUCUCAAUGCUUUCAUUGGAGGCCUGGCUGCUCAGGAAGUUAUUAAGGCAUGUAGCAGGAAAUUUACACCUCUUCGGCAGUGGCUAUAUUUUGAUGCACUAGAGUGCCUCCCUGAAGAAGAGGGUCAACAGGAGGAAUGCUUCUUUUUAGGCAAAGGGAAGAGGUACGAUGGACAGAUUGCCGUGUUCGGGUCAUCAUUCCAGGAGAAGCUUUGUAGGCAGAAGUAUUUCUUGGUUGGAGCUGGUGCUAUUGGCUGCGAGCUUCUUAAGAAUUUUGCCCUCAUCGGGCUCGGUGCUGGAGAAGAAGGACACAUCACCUUAACAGACAUGGACUUCAUAGAGAGAUCCAACUUGAACCGCCAGUUCUUGUUCAGGUCUCAAGAUAUUGGGCAACCAAAAUCAGAAGUUGCAGCAAAGGCAGUGAAAGUGAUGAACCCACAGAUGAACAUCACAGCUCACCAGAAUCGUUUGGACCCUGACAGUGAACGAGUGUAUGAUUACAAGUUCUUCAUGGGUCUCGAUGGAGUGGCUGCAGCCCUGGAUAAUGUGGAAGCCAGAGUCUAUCUUGAUAGCCGCUGCGUUCAACACCAGAAGUCAUUGCUGGAGGGGGGAACUCUAGGAAGCAAAGGUCACACUCUGGUGGUGGUCCCAAAACUGACAGAGUCUUACGGACCAGCAAAAUCAAGUUCUAAUGACGCCAUCCCACUGUGCACUCUCAAGAACUUCCCUCACCGCAUUGAGCACACUCUGCAGUGGGCCAGAGACCGGUUUGAGGGGAUGUUCAAACAAACACCUGAAAAUGUGAAUCUUUUUCUGAGGGAACCAGGAUUUGUAGAGCGGACUCUGGGCCACGGAGAUGCUGAGGCCUUGGAGGUGCUUGGUGGGGUGUGGAGCAGCAUGGUGGACAUGAACACUGGAGGAAAACAUCCGACCAGCUGGGAAGACUGUGUGAACUGGGCACGUUGCAAGUGGGAGACUCUCUAUAACGAUGAUGUCCGUCAGCUCCUGCACUGUUUUUCACCUGAACAGGUGACCACUGCUGGUUUACCCUUCUGGUCUGGAUCCAAGAGAUGCCCUCACCCACUGACCUUUGACCCUAACAAUACUACCCAUUUGGAUUAUGUGGUGGCAGCAGCUAAUUUGUAUGGGCAAAUCUACGGGAUCAAAGGUACAAGAGACUGCGCUUCUAUCCGAGAAAUUGUAGAGAGAGUGCAAGUACCAUCUUUCACUCCCAAGUCCUCUGUGAAGAUUCAUCUCACUGACAAGGAGAUGGAGGAGGACAAAGAAAAGGGAUGUGAUGACAUCGAAAAAGCCCGACUUGAGGAGUUGAAGGGAAAGCUGGCUCCUCUGAAAAGCUCAUCCAUGCAGAUGUACCCCAUCGACUUUGAGAAGGAUGAUGACAGUAACUUCCACAUGGACUACAUUGUUGCUGCUUCUAACCUGCGGGCGGAGAACUAUGACAUCCCGGCAGCUGAUCGGCACCAGAGUAAGGGCAUUGCUGGGAGAAUUAUCCCAGCCAUAGCUACAACAACAGCAGCAGUGGCGGGCCUGAUGUGCCUGGAGCUGUAUAAACUGGUGCACGGCCACCUGAAACUCAGCUCUUACCGCACAGCUUACAUCAACCUGGCUGUCCAGUACUUUGUCCUGUCCCAGCCGAGCCGGCCCCAGCCCUUCGAAGUUGCAGGAAAGAAAUACACCCAGUGGGAUCACUUGAUUGUUGAUGGCAGAGGCAGCGGUCAGCAGGAAAUGACCUUGGGAGAUCUGUUCCACUAUGUCAAGGAAAAAUAUGGCUUGACUGUCUGCAGCCUCUUCUAUGGACCUGCUAUCUUGUACAAUGGUCAUAAAGAGAGGCUCACGCAGAGUGUGUCUGAUGUGGUGAAGAUGGUAAUGAAAGCAGACAUCCCUCCACACAAGAAAAUGUUGGACCUAACCCCUUCAUUUACUGAAGAUGAAGACUGUGAGACAGUCCCAACUAUCAGAUACCUGCUCUUGUGAUGCCAUCAACAUCAAGUCUUCUCGAGUGAACAGGCAUCGCAUGGAAGUGUUUCUAACUGAUGAAGCAAAUCCAGCAUUCCUGGAACAUCAUGUUUAAAAAAUGCUUUAGCUGUCUUUUAAUUAGAUUGAAGUUUUUUUUUUUUUUCGUUAUCUCUUUAUAUAUUCUUUUCCUUUCAUUCCACAAAUGCUUUUGCAUAAAUACACUGGAACACUCUGAUAUUUUUUUUUUUACUGGUAAUCACACUGAUGAUGUAAAAUGAAUAAUUCCACAAUCACACUAACAAUUUCGCCCACCCUUAGCCAUGUCCCAAAAUUACUUUUUUGAUAUCCACUUCCUCAUUUGGGUUUUUUUUUUGUCAUUUUGUUAUAUGGCAAAAGAGGAACCUUGGCAAUCUGUAAUUUCCUUUGAAUUAUCAACGCAAAGUUCUGUUUUCUAACUUUUGGUUUUGAUUUACCUUUAAAUUGUGUCUUUUUGAGAUGUCAGGCUAAGAGGCUAUAUAGAUGCUUGCCAGGGCAUAUGGAUUAGAUGAUCUAGCCCUGCUGGGGCAGUGCUGGACAUGUUUCAAGGUCUUAUUCAGGUCAGGCAGGGUAUAAUGUUGAAGUGAUGCAGGCAGGAAAGGCAGUUGGCACAGUAGGUACAGUAUUUUAAAGAUUUGGGGUGCUCUGAAAUCUAGAUACAGCUGUCUUGUGUAAAUCCCUCUGCAUGCACAAGUGCACUCCCCUCCCUCCCUCUCUGAAGAAUCCCUGAAAUGGUUGGAUGGAGAAGCUGGACUCGUCUACAAGGCCUGCCCUCAGAUGGCUUUGGUGCAUGCCCAAGUACUUGGGAGUGUCUUAUUAUACAGAACCAUCUCUACAAUCUUUACUGCAGCGACUUACUGAUAUACUUCCACUGUGUAACUGGGCCUGCAUUUGAUGGAUGCUGUUUGUGAUUACAUUCUGUUUAAACAAUAACACAAUAAAUUGGUGUCUAUGAGGAACCAUGUUAUAUCUGUGUACUUCACUAAGAGACUUCAGUUCCUAUACCUCACCACACCCUGUUUUACAUCAUCAUCAUCAUCAUCAUCAUCA